CAUUCCAAUGUUCACUCUCUCUACUUUCUCUCUCUAAAAAACUGACAUAGAAAAACAAACACCACCUAACCUUGUUGUUGCUUCCUCUUCCAUCAGCAUGCUACUAGUUCCUCCCAAACCCAUCAACACGAUCACAAUCACCAUCAUGCUAGCCUUCACCUUCUUCCUCAUCUUCUUCUCCUCCGGUUUCCUCCAUUUCCCUUCCGUUUCACCUUCUCUCCCACCCAUCCACCACUCCUUCACGCUCCCUUCCAUCAAUUCCUCUUCCGACCCCUUCACCGAUCUGCUUUCUUCCUUCAGGAAAUGGGACUCGCGAGUGGGUUGUGAUAAAUUCAGAGAGAAAACAAAUGGGGUUUUGUUGAAUCACUCAAAGGUUGUUUCUUUGCAAGAGUUUGGUGGUGGGUGUGGGGGGUUUGAACUUAAUCAUGUUAGUGUUUUGGUUAAAGGGUGGACUUGGAUUCCUGAUAAUUUGGAUAAUUUGUAUUCUUGUCGUUGUGGGUUGAGCUGUUUGUGGACCAAAUCCAAUGUUCUUGCUGAUAAACCUGAUGCUUUGUUGUUUGAAACUUCUACGCCUCCAAUUCAGAGACGUGUGGGAGAACCGCUUCGUGCGUACAUGGAUCUCGAAACUGGUCGAAAGAGAUCAGGCCGAGAGGAUAUAUACAUUAGUUACCACGCUGAAGAUGAUGUACAGUCAACCUAUGCCGGUUCCCUGUUUCACAAUGGACGAAACUAUCACGUCUCUAAUACUAAAAACAGUGUAAGUAAUAAUAACUUUUACAAACAGGAUGUUAAACGAUAG